GGUAAAUCCAAAUCCCUCGUCUUUCUCUGUGCUUUGAUAUGGUUUCUGUGUGUUAUCUUUCAAUAUUAUGUUCUUCAAGUUUAUGACAUGUGAGAGCUUGCUUGAUGAUCUUCUUCUUCACAAAUGCAAGAAAACAUGGUUUAUGUGAUUUGAUGGCAGAUUGUGGCAUAGGGUUUCAAAAGCGUUGUAAAAGCAGGUCCAGGAGGAUGGUUUUGGUGAUGGGGAUUAUGGUGUUCAAUGUGUUUGUUUUUCAGAUUUUAGGGUUUCUUUCCAGAGGUGCUCUGUCACCUCAUUUUGGUGAAGUUGAGAUUCUUGAUUUGGAGAAAAGUAGUUCACUCUAUGGUGGUAGCAGUUCUUCCACUUCAGUGAGUAUUGGGAAGUUUUCCCUUUUAAAUGGUUUGCAGAAUUCGGGGAAUUCAUCUGUAGUUUUCAAGGGACCAAAGAAGUUUGAAGCUUUGAAUAUGGGAAACAAAUUUGACGAUGAUAAUAAGGAAAGGGAUGAAAAAUUGGAGGGUGGUGAUCAUGCUGGUGAUGAUAUUGAUCGAGGUAAUAGUCUGCAGAAGAGAGCAUCAGUAGGUAAGAUUGUAGAAUUUGACCAUGGUGCAUUUAAUGAUCUUGGCAAACUGAAUCUGGCAUUACCUUUGGAGCAAUUCAAAAAGCCAGAUGAAGAGUCUCCAUCUGACAGGCGUGAAUCUGUUCAUUUGGCUUCUGAUAUAAAAAAUCAAUCAGCAGGGAGAUCUCAUUAUGAUUCUAGUGAUACUAUUGUGAAUGCUGCAUCAGGUUCUUCUUUCUCUGGACAAAGUCAAACUUUUCAGGAGACACCAAUGCUGAAUGGGGCUACAUCCGGUGAAAAUUUUACUGGUUUUAGAAUUCUAUCAAUAAAUAGGAAGAAGAAUAUGGGAUUCCCUGUGGGAUAUCCAAUUGGAUUACCUCCAGUAUAUAUAUCAGAAAUGAACCGCCUUUUAGUCAUGAAUCGCAAUGCCUAUCAUUCAAUGAGACCUCGAUGGCCAUCAUCACUUGAUCAGCAAUUGUUCGCCAUCAGAGCUCAAAUUGAGAGUGCUCCUAUUAUCAAGAAUAUACAGGAACUUUAUGCGCCAGCUUUUCGGAACAUAUCUGUGUUUAAGAGGAGCUAUGAAUUGAUGGUGCGGACACUGAAGGUAUAUGUUUAUAAGGAAGGGCAAAAACCAAUAUUCCAUCAACCACUGCUCAAUGGAAUUUAUUCUUCUGAAGGAUGGUUCAUGAAAUUGAUGGAAGGAAAUAGAAACUUCAUUGUGAAGGAUCCCAGAAAAGCUCACUUGUUUUACUUGCCCUUCAGUUCCCGGUUGCUGCAAUCUACCUUGUAUGUACCCAAUUCUCAUAAUCGGACAUUAAUGGAGCUGUGUCUGAAGGAGUAUUUAGACAAAAUUGCAACAAAAUAUCCUUUCUGGAACAGGACUGGUGGAGCAGACCAUUUCCUUGUUGCUUGCCAUGACUGGGUAAGUUUUAAACAACAUGCUCCAUAUGAAACUGCAUCCUCCUUGGUUCUUGCAAUCCGGGCCCUCUGCACUGCUGAUGUGCAUAGUGGCUUUGUUUUGGGCAAAGAUGUUUCACUUCCUCAAAUUUACAUUUGGUCAGCUGGACAGUAUCAUCUCAGAGGUAUCGGUGGAAGACCUGCAAACAAGAGACACAUUCUUGCAUUCUUUGCUGGCAAGUUGCAUGGCAGGCUCCGCCCGAUCUUAUUACAACAUUGGGAGAACAAAGAUCCUGACAUGAAAAUCUUCGGCCCCAUGUCUUCCAUAAACAUGAACAAGAUGGAUUACAUCCAGCAUAUGAAGAACAGUAAGUACUGCCUCUGCCCAAGCGGUCAUGAAGGUAAUAGCCCACGCAUAGUUGAGUCCAUCUUCUACGAGUGCGUCCCUGUGCUUAUAUCAGACAAUUACGUGCCUCCUUUCUUUGAAGUCUUGAAUUGGGAUGCCUUCGCUGUGAUCCUUCCAGAGAAAGAUGUACCACGACUUAAAUCAAUACUGGUAUCAAUUCAUGAAAAGAAGUAUCUUAAAUUGCAGUUGGGGGUGAGGAAAGUGCAAAAGCACUUCCUUUGGCACACCAAGCCUGUGAAGUAUGAUUUGUUUCAUAUGACUCUUCACUCUAUUUGGUACAAUAGAUUGUAUCAGAUAAGAACUUGAUUACAUUCUGAAAUGUUCAUAGUGAAGAAGCCACUGGUUGGAUUUGUCAGACAAGUAUGUACAUAUCUGUAUAUAUGGAAACAAAGCUUCGAAUAUAAUCAAUGCUUUGUGUUUCCUUUCUGUAACAUCUACCUCUGCAGCUAUGGAAAGGAAUGAAAUCAUUCACCGGUU